GCCGGGCACCAUGUGGGGCUGUGGCCCCCUCAAUGAGACGGGGCCCGGCCAGGAGCCGCUGUGCCAUGACCUGCGCCUGGGCCUGGCAGUCCUGUCGCUGCUGUACCUGGCUGUGGGUGUACCCGUGGGCCUGGCCGCCAACGCCCUGCUAGUGCUGGUGAACCUGUGCCACAAGAGUGCCAUGACCAUGCCCGACGUGUACUUUGUCAACAUGGCAGUGGCUGGGCUUUUGCUCACCGCCCUAGCCCCCGCGGACUUGCUGGGUCCGCCCAGUGCCAGGUGGGCGCUCUGGGGCCUGGGCAGCGAGGCGCAGGUCACCCUGCUGGUGCUGUUCCACGUGGCCUCGCUGGUGAUCAUGUACUCCACCGCCCUGCUCAGCCUGGACUCCUACAUCGAGCGCGCCCUGCCGCGCACCUACAUGGCCAGCGUGUAUAACACCCGCCGAGUGUGUGGCUUCCUCUGGGGCGGGGCCCUGCUCACCAGUUUCUCCUCGCUGCUCUUCUCCAUCUGCAGCUACCUGGCAGCCCGCGUGGCCGAGUGCGCCAAAAUGCGCAACACGGAGGCAGCCGCGGCCAUCCUGGUGCUCAUCGGCUUCGUGGUGCCGGCGCUGGCCGCGCUCUACGCGCUGACUCUCCUCUCUCGGGUGCGGGCGCAGGCCACGCCCCUGGACCAGGACUCGGGCCGGCUGGACCCGUCGGGGCACAGGCUCCUGCUGGCCACGGUGUGCACACAGCUGGGGCUCUGGACACCUUACUACCUGACGCUGCUGGGACACGCGGUGCUGGUCUCGCGGGGGGCGCCUGUGGGGGGCCCGGACGGCGGGCUCCUGCGCCUCUCCCAGGACGCGUCCCGCUUCCUGGCUUUCUCCAGCGCCCUGGUGACGCCGUUGCUGUACCGUUGCCUCAGCAAGAGCUUCCCGGGCAAGCUCCAGCGGCUCAUGGGGAGGCUGCGCUGCAGGCCCCGGCGCUGCCCCCCGGACCAGGCCGCCAGCAGGUGAGGGCCACGCCGGGUGCUCCGCAGUCCUCCCACACGCAGCUUCCAGCCCCGACCGUGCAUCUGCCUCGGGACGACGGCAGGAGAGCCACACAGAUGAUGCCAAGCCGCCCGGCACUGCCACUGAGAGCACGGGCCGUGGGCAGCACGGUCUGUAUGGGUCAGCCCCCACGUGUGCCCCCAACUACAGCACAUAAAGAGGCAUGGUCAAGAGCUCUAAUUGAUACCAAGGCUGUAAGGUGUCCAGGGCAGGGGUGGGCCCACAGCUCGGCCACCAGGAACAGAACCCUGCCCAGCCGCCGUCCUCUAGGUGCCCAAUCCGAGCCCUGCGGCACCCCCUGCCCAUCCUGCAUGCUGGCCCUGGCCUCAGUCCCUCGCGGCCUGCCCCCACGCCCCUGAGCCCCUGGCGGCCU